CGCUUGAGUCUCGCUGGAAAGCGGAGGGCCGCCAGAAUCGAAGGACGUGGCUUCGCCUAGGGUCUCGUCGCGCGGCAGAAGCAUCGAAGGCAGCGUAGCGUGCAGACGAGGCUCCACGCAUCGAAGGAAGCGAUGCGCGAUGGGAACGAGUCCGACCGGCUGCCGCACUCGCCGCAGAGGCAGCAGCCAUGCGACGCUCACACGCUGCAGAGCUUGGCGGGCCAGCGACAUCGCUCAAGGCUAGCCAGCCGCUCAGCCGCGCUCAAGCACGCAGGGUCGCAAGCGGAGCGAUCCGGCGCUCGGUCGGCAGCGGCAUCAGAGCGUGCGCGGCAGGAGAGGAGCAGGCAGAGCCGAGUGCCAUCCGUCUGCGCCGCGCUCAUCUGCGCUGCAGUCUGAGGGGUGCCGCUGCGCCAACGGAGCGGCGAUGCGAACGGCCACAUGGGAGCUCUCAUGCGGCGAGCCAGAUCUCGCAGCUCGAGGGGCCUCGAGAUGGAGCGAGCCGAGAUACUCCGGACCCCGCUCCGCCCACGGCAUGCCUUGCGCGCUGCGCAGCGCCACACGCGCAGCGCCGAGCCCUGCGCGCUGCAGAGAAGAGGGACGCGGGCGUCAUCGCGCCGCAGGCCCUCGGAACCUCGCCUGCUGUGCUCCUCUCCCGACUGCAUGCUGCCAUCGCGAACCUGCGGCUCACCGACUCGCCGCUGCCGGGCCUUCCGUCGGCUCGGAAAGCCAGGGCACGCAGCCGCAGCGGCUGCCGCCUGCGAGAUCUGGAGCGACGCAUCGGCUGGUACACCCUCCGCUGCCGCAGCAAUCCGAGGCCCUCCGUCUGCUGCCGACGCACGAGCACGUCUGCUGCUGGAGGACGGCGACUCGGGCUUCAGGAUCGACGUCGUCGCAACAGCGAGCGGCAGAACGAUGGGCCUCGUAGGCAUGUGAGACGACUGCUGAGCUGACCGCGAGACGAGCGUCAGCCACUCCUGAGCGGCAGGCGCCAUCGGGAUGCAGCGUUCUUGUCUAGCGCCUACGCUUCCAACCCUGCGAGAGGGUGCAGAUGUGCGGCCCUACGGUGGAGACAUGGAGGCGCUUCGCUCUGAGGGCAGGAUGCUCGACGUCGUCCACUCGUCCCUGGGCGCUGG